AUGGAAAUCAAGCUUCUCGCCUCCCUGGCCCGAGGCCAACCGGGUAUUCUCCACCACUGUACCGACACCCUAGUCGCAUUCGAGUACACCCGCAGUCACGUCCCCAAACCACACACUCUAGUCUUCGUCGGCGGUCUCGGCGACAGCUUAGGCUCAGUCGACUAUCUCAGCGACAUUGUCCGCGCCCUCGACCCCACCCAAUGGAGCGUCUUCUCCCUCAUCCUCUCCUGCGCCGGUGGCGGCUGGGGCAUGGGCCGACUAGGCAAAGACAUCGACGAACUCUCCCAAUGCGUCUCCUACGUCCGUGAAUAUAAGACUCCGCAAUUUGGCGCUGGCAAAGUCGUCAUCAUGGGCCACUCAACCGGUAGCCAGGACGUAAUGCACUACAUCAACUGUCCGAACCCUCGUCCUGCCCACCCCGUCUUCGACCGGGGCUGGAACCCCAUUGUUCGAGUCCCUGUUGACGGCGCGAUUAUGCAAGCGCCUGUUUCGGACCGCGAGGGAAUCCUCUGGGUCGUUAAGUGCGGCACUGCGCGCGAUAGUCCGGCUAAAAUGCGCGCUAUCUACAAUAAAGCUGUUGCGGAUGCGCGACGUGCGACCUACGAUGAUCAUGAGUCUGUGGAUACGGUUGUGCCGCUUUCGGUCACUUCGAGAAUUGGGUAUCCGCCUUCGGCUCCGGUGAGUAGUCGGCGGUUCUUGAGUCUCGUUAGUCCGGAUAGUCCGGAGGAUCCGUCGGAGGAUGAUUUGUUCAGCUCGGAUUUGAGUGAUGAGCAGUUCCGGGGGACUUUUGGGAAAAUUGGAGAGAGGGGGCUUUUGAAACAGAAGAUGCUGGUGCUUUACUCUGGACGGGAUCAGUCGGUUCCUCCGUGGGUGAAUAAGGAGGCUCUGUUGAAGAGGUGGCAGGUUGCUGCUGAUGGCAGUGGUCGCCAGAUUUGGGAUUCUAGGAGUAUGGUCAUUCCCAACGCGUCUCAUGCGCUGAGUGAUAGUGAUCAGGCUGAGCCGAGGCGCAUUUUGGUGGAACGGGUCACGGCUUAUUUGAAUGAUAUUCAGCGCGGGUGA